AUGCAGAGAUUUCAAGGGAUUGAAAUGAAUGAGGACAGCAUCUCAAGCCUCAAGGAUCACCAGUGUGCGCCGCCUGGAAGUGAAAGGGGAAAAAUGGUGGGCCAGAAACUUCAAGGGAGACCUGAGACUGGAUUGGAGAUUGAGGCAGAGUCAAGUCUUCUGAAGGGUGAAUUCUCUGUGAGAUCUGAGCAGAGGAGCCUCAAUUGUGUUGAUGAAGGGAAUACCCAUGGCAGUGAACUAGGAAUGCUUGUGGACUCUGUAUAUGCUUAUGCUGUGUCAUAUGCUGUCAUGUCCUCUUACGUCUCCAGCCUGUGGCCCAGCCAGACUAACCUCCUGCUGGUCUUCACAUACUUGGAACCUAGGCCUGAGAUCCCAAAGUCAACUCCAAAAGAGAAUAUUCCAGAAGAAUCAUCCCUGGGGGUGAAAGUUGAAAGACCUGGAGGGGCUGACUAUUGCUGCUCCACUUUGGGGGCAUUUAUAGAUAGUGAGAGCCAGAAAGAGAGGCGGCAAGUAAAGGAAGAGAGUGAGGCAAGACAACUAAGUAGACCUCAGGAGUUUCAAAUUGGAGCAGAAAGUUAUAAAAAUAGUGAAUGUGGGCAGACCUUCAGGCAAUGCCCAAACCUUCCUGAAGAUGAACAAAUCCAGACUGAUGUGAGACCUUAUAAAUGUCAGCACUGUGGGCAAGCAUUCACUAAAAAUUCAGGACUUACUCGACACCAGAAGAUUCAUACUGGAGAGAAACCAUAUACAUGUGAUCAAUGUAGGAAAUCCUUCAGACAGGUCUCAGACCUUGUUAAGCACCAGAGGAUUCAUACUGGAGAGACUCCUUACAAAUGUAAUGAAUGUGAGAGAGCCUUCAUUUCCAACUCAGAAUUUCAUAGGCACAAGAGGACUCAUACGGGACAGAAGCCUUACAAAUGUCAAGAAUGUGGAAAAGCAUUUGUUGAAAGUGCAGACUUUGUUAAGCAUCAGAGAAUUCAUACUGGAGAGAAGCCACAUAUAUGCAAGGAUUGUGGGAAAGGCUUCAUUGAGAGCUCUUCCCUUGUGAAGCACCAGAGGAUUCAUACUGGAGAAAAGCCUUAUAUCUGUAAGGAAUGCCGGAAAGCAUUCACACAGAAGUCCCACCUAGCAUUACAUCAGAGUAUACAUACUGGAGAGAAGCCUUAUUCAUGUAAUGAAUGUGGGAAAGCCUUCACGGAGAGCUCUGCCCUUGCUAAGCAUUGGAGAAUUCAUGCGGGAGAGAAGCCUUAUGAAUGUAGUGACUGUAGGAAAGCCUUCACUCGAAAGUUCAACCUGAUCCUACACCAAAGGAUGCACACUGGAGAGAAGCCUUAUGGAUGUAAGGAAUGUGGGAAAGCCUUCAGUGACACCUCAAUCCUUGUGAAGCACCAGCGAAUCCAUACUGGAGAGAAGCCUUAUAAAUGUGAUGAGUGUGGGAAAGCCUUCAAUCAAAAGUCCCACUUGAUCCUCCAUCAGAGGAUCCAUACGGGAGAGAAGCCCCAUAAAUGUGAUGAGUGUGGGAGUGCUUUCACUCAAAGAUCAACCCUUGUUAAGCACCAGAGAACUCAUACUGCAGAGAAACCUUAUAAAUGUGAUGAAUGUGGGAAUGGCUUCAGUAGAAAGGGUCUCCUGAUCAGACAUCAAAAGAUAUUAUUUGCUAUAUGGGAUGGCUUUCUGGGAAAGGAGAAAGAAAAGAACUUGGAGGCUAUGACUACAACCACAGAUGAAACUCCAAAAGAGAACUUUCUGGGAGAACAGUCAUCCCAAGGGGUAAAAGUGGAAAAACUCAGAGGGGACAAAUGGCAUCACUCCACUCUGAGGAGAUGUGGGGGAAGUAAGUGCCUUAAAAAGAGGCAUCUGGAGAAACAGGAGAGUGAUGGGAGAAAAAUGAUGAAACAUCAGAAGAGAGACCGAAGUUAUAAAUGUAAUCAGUGUGGGCAGGGAUUCACUCACAAUUCAAGCCUUGUUGUACAUCAGAGGAUUCAUACUGGUGAGAAGCCUUAUAAAUGUAAUGAAUGUGGAAAAGCAUUUACUCGCAACUCAAUCCUUACAGUACACCAAAGGAUUCACACUGGAGAGAGGCCUUAUAAAUGCAACGAAUGUGGGAAGGCUUUCAUUCAGAGCUCAAACCUUAUUUUACAUCAGAGGAUUCAUAGUGGAGAGAAGCCUUAUAAAUGCAACGAAUGUGGGAAGGCUUUCAUUCAGAGCUCAGACCUUAUCGUACACCAGAAUAUUAAUACCGAGGAAAAGCCUUAUAAAUGCAAUGAAUGUGGGAAGUCCUUCAUUUUGAGUUCAACCCUUAUUGUUCACCAGAGGAUUCAUACUGGAGAAAAGCCUUUUAUAUGUAAUGAAUGUGGGAAAACAUUCAUUCAGAGGUCAGACCUCGUUAAACACCAGAGGAUUCAUACAGGAGAGAAGCCUUAUAAAUGCAGUGAAUGUGGGAAAGCGUUCAUUGAAAGUUCAACUCUUAUUGUGCAUCAGAGGAUUCACACUGGAGAGAAGCCUUAUACAUGUAAUGAUUGUGGGAAAGCCUUCACUCGGAACUCCUACCUGCACCAACAUCAGAGGAUCCAUACUGGAGAGAAGCCCUUUAGAUGUAAUGAAUGUGGUAAGUCAUUCACUCGCAAUUCAAGUCUUAGAAUCCCUUCAUUUAGUUCACAUCAAAUAUUUCAUUCUGGAGAGAAGCCUUACAAAUCUAAUGGGUGUAGGAAUGCCUUCAAUCACAACUCAGAUCUAAAAAUGACUAAACAUCAUAAGAUUCAUCCUAGAGAGAAAUGUUAUAAAUGUAAUGAAUGUGGGAAAGAUUUCAGUCAGUGCUCACAUCUUACUGAACAUGAAAAGAUUCAUUCUGGAGAGAAGCCUCAUAAAUGUAAGGAAUGUGGGAAAGCCUUCACUCACACCUCAAGCAUUAUACGACAUCAGAGGAUACACACAGGGGAGAAACCCUAUAAAUGUAAUGUAUGUGGAAAAGCCUUCAUUCAGAAAUCUGAUCUUAAUGUACAUCAGAUGAUUCAUACUAAAGAAAAGCCUUUUAAAUGUAAAGAAUGUGGGAAAGCAUUCAGUAAAUCCUCAUAUUUUAUUCAACAUCAGCUAAUUCAUACUGGAGAGAAACUUUAUAAAUGUCAUCAAUGUGAGAAAGAAUUUACUCAGAACUCUGGCCUUAUUCAACAUCAGAAGAUUCAUACCAGAGAGAAACCUUAUAAAUGUAAUGAAUGUGGGAAAGCAUUCUCUAAUACCUCUCGAGUUAUUCAACAUCAGAGAAUUCAUACUAGAGAGAAGCCUUAUAAAUGUAAAGCAUGUGGGAAGACAUUUGCUCAGAAUUCCACCCUUACUCAUCAUGAGAAGAUUCAUAAUGGAGAGAAACCUUAUAAAUGUAGUCAUUGUGGUAAAGCAUUCACUCAUAUAUCUGGCCUCAUUCAACAUCAGAGGAUGCAUACUGGAGAGAAGUCUUAUAAAUGUAAUGAAUGUGGGAAAGCAUUCUUUAAGACCUCACAUGUUACUCAACAUCAGAGGAUUCAUACAGGAGAGAAACCUUAUAAAUGUAAAGAGUGUGGGAAAUCCUUCAUUCAGAAUGGUAGCCUCAUUCGACAUAAGAGGAUUCAUACUGGAGAGAAGCCUUAUAAAUGUAAUGAAUGUGGGAAGGUAUUCUCUAAUUCCUCACAUGUCAUUCAACAUCGUAGGAUUCAUACUGGAGAGAAACCUUAUAAAUGUAAAGAAUGUGGGAAUGCAUUCACUCAGAAAGGUAGCCUUAUUCGACAUCAGAAGAUUCAUACUGGAGUGAAGGUUUAUAAAUGUAAUGAAUGUGGGAAAACAUUUACUCAAAACUCAGUCCUUCUUCUUCAUCAAAGGAUGCAUACUGGAGAGAAGCCAUAUAAAUGUGAUGAAUGUGGGAAAGCCUUCAUUUACAAUUCAGGCCUUGUCAAGCAUCAGAAGAUUCAUACCGGAGAGAAGCCUUUUAAAUGUAAUGAAUGUGGGAAAGCCUUCACUCAGAGCUCAGAUGUUGUUAGGCACCAGAGAAUCCAUACUGGAGAGAAGCCUUAUAAAUGUGAUGAGUGUGGGAGAGCCUUCAGUCAAAGCUCAGAUGUUGUUAAGCACCAGAGGAUCCACAGUGGAGAGAAACCUUAUCAGUGUAAGGAAUGUGGGAAAGCCUUUAUUCGGAGUUCAAGUCUUACUGCACAUCAAAUGAUUCACACUGGAGACAAGCCUUAUAAAUGUAAUGAGUGUGGGAAAGGCUUCCCUCAGUUCUCAAAGCUUACUCAACAUCAGAAGAUCCAUACUAGAGUGAAACCUUAUAAAUGUGAUGAAUGUGGGAAAGACUUCACUCAAAGAUCCCACCUUACCCAACAUUUGAAUACACAUACUGGAGAGAAGCCUCAUAAAUGUAAAGAAUGUGGGAAAGGCUUCAGUCAUGGUUCAAACCUUAUUAAGCACCGAAGGAUUCAUACAGGAGGGAAACCAUAUAAAUGUAAUGAAUGUGGGAAAGCCUUCAGUCAGAGCUCAGCCCUUGUCAAACACCAGAGGAUCCAUACUGGAGAGAAGCCUUAUAAAUGCAAUGACUGUGGGAAAGCUUUCAGGCAGAGUUCAAAUCUUAUUUCACAUCAAAUGAUUCAUACUGGAGAAAAGCCUCAUAAAUGUAAUGAAUGUGGGAAAAGUUUCAGUCAUAUCUCAGACCUUGUUAGGCACCAGAGGAUCCAUACUGGUGAGAAGCCUUAUAAAUGUAAGGAAUGUGGGAAAGCCUUCAGUCAGAGCUCAGUCCUUGUUAAACACCAGAGGAUCCACAGUGGGGACAAGCCUUAUAAAUGUAAUGAUUGUGGGAGAGCCUUUAUUCUGAGCUCAAGUCUUAUUGCUCAUCAAAUGGUUCAUACUGGAGAGAAGCCUUAUAAAUGUAAUGAAUGUGGGAAAGGCUUCAUUGAGAGUUCAGCUCUUAUUGUACAUCAGAGGAUUCACACUGGGGAGAAGCCUUAUACCUGUAAUGAGUGUGGGAAAGCCUUCACUAGGAACUUAAACUUAAUUGUACAUCAGAUGGUUCAUACUGGAGAGAAACCAUAUUCAUGUAAUGAAUGUGGGAAAUCCUUUAGUCAUGGCUCAGGCCUUGUUAAGCACCAGAGGAUUCAUACUGGAGAGAAUCCUUAUAAAUGUAAUGUGUGUGGGAAAGCUUUUAAACAGAGCUCAAACCUUAUUCGACAUCAAAAGAUUCAUACUGGAGAGAAGCCUUAUAAUUGUAAGGAAUGUGGGAAAGCCUUCACUCAGAGGUUCCACUUAAAAAAACAUCUGAAUACACAUACUGGAGAGAAGCCUUAUAAAUGUAAGGAAUGUGGUAAAGGCUUCAAUCAUGACUCAAACCUUAUUAAGCAUAGAAAGGUCCAUUCUGGAGGAAAACCAUAUAAAUGUAAUGAAUGUGGGAAAGCAUUCAAAAGGUUCUCAGGUGUUUUCCAGCACCAGCGUAUUCAUACUAGAGAAAAGUCUUAUAAAUGUAAGGAAUGUGGGAAAGCAUUUACUCAGAAGUCAGUCCUUCUUAGACAUCAGAAGACUCACACUGGAGAAACACCUUAUACAUGUAAUGACUGUGGGAAGGUUUUCAAUAAAAACUCUACCCUUGUUAAUCAUCAGAGAAUUCAUACUGGAGAGAAGCCUUAUAAAUGUAAUGAAUGUGGGAAAGCCUUCACUCAAAACUCUAUCCUUAUCAAACAUCAGAGGAUUCAUACUGGAGAGAAACCUUACAAAUGUGAUGAGUGUGGGAAAGCCUUCAUUGAGAGUUCUGCCCUUAUUGUACAUCAGAUGACUCAUACUGGAGAGAAACCUUAUACAUGUAAUGAAUGUGGGAAAGCCUUCAGUCAAAUGUCAAACUUCAAAGUACAUCAGAAGAUUCAUGACGGAGAGAAGCCUUAUAAAUGUAAUAAAUGUGGGAAAGGCUUUGGUCAGCGCUCAACCCUUUUCAAACACCAGAGAGUUCAUACUGGAGAGAAACCUUAUAAAUGUAAUGAGUGUGGGAAAGCCUUUAGUCGGAGGUCGAACCUUAAGGUACAUCAGAAGACUCAUACUGGAGAGAAACCUUAUAAAUGUAAUCAGUGUGGGAAAGCCUUUACUCUAAGGUCAUCCCUUUUCAGUCACCAGAGAAUUCAUACUGGAGAGAAGCCUUAUAAAUGUGAUGUGUGUGGGAAAGCCUUCUUUAGGAGAUCAAAUCUUAAUUUACAUCAGAAGAGUCAUACUGGAGACAAACCUUAUGUAUGUACCAAAUGUGGUAAAGCCUUUGCUCAGAAGUCAACCCUUUUCAAGCAUCACAAAAUUCAUACUGAAGAGAAACCUUUUAAAUGUGAUACAUGUGGGAAAACAUUCUUUGAGAGUUCAAGCCUUAUUAGCCAUAAGAUGGUUCAUACUGGAGAGAAGCCAUAUGCAUGUAGUGAAUGUGGAAGAGCCUUCAGUAAAAAGUCAGUCCUUGUUAAUCAUCGUAGAAUUCAUACUGGAGAGAGGCCGUAUAAAUGUAAAGAGUGUGGGAAAGCUUUCAGUCAGAGCUCAAAUCUUAGUGUACAUCGAAAGAUUCAUACUGGAGAGAAGCCUCAUAAAUGUAAUCAAUGUGGGAAAGUCUUCACACAAAGGUCAACCCUUUUCAAUCAUCAGAAAAUUCACAAUGAAGAGAAACCUUAUAAAUGUAAUGAGUGUGGUAAAGCCUUUGUUCAGAGAACAAAUCUCAAGGUACAUCAGAAGAUUCAUACUGGAGAGAAGCCUUAUCAAUGCAAUCAGUGUGGAAAAGCCUUCACUCAAAGUUCAUCUUUUUUCAAUCAUCAGAGAAUUCAUACUGGAGAAAAGCCUUAUAAAUGUAAUCAAUGUGGGAAAGCUUUCCUUAGAAGGUCAAACCUUAUCAGACACCAGAGAAGUCAUACUGGAGAAAAGCCCUAUACUUGCAAUGAUUGUGGGAAAGCUUUCUUUGACAGUUCAACCCUUAUUGUACAUCAGAUGACUCAUACUGGAGAGAAGCCAUAUUCAUGUAAUGAAUGUGGGAAAGAUUUCACUACAAAUUCAGUUCUUGUUAGUCACCAAAGAAUUCAUACUGGAGAGAAGCCUUAUAAAUGUAAUCAAUGUGGGAAAGCCUUUAGUCGGAGUUCAAAUCUUAAUGUCCACCGUAAGAUUCAUACUGGAGAAAAGCCUUAUACAUGUAAGGAGUGUGGAAAAGCUUUUGUCCAAAGAUCAAACCUUAAUGUACACCAGAAGAUUCAUAUUGGAGAGAAGCAUUAUACAUGUAAUCAAUGUGGAAAAGACUUCAAUGAACACUCAGCCCUUUUAAAUCAUCAGAAAAUUCAUGAUAAAAAGAAGCCUUCUAAACGUAAUCAAUCAGGGAAAGCCUUCGUUAAGAAGUCAAAUCAUAAUAUACAUAAGAAGACUCAUACUGAAGACAAACCUUAUAUAUGUAGUCAAUGUGGAAAAGCCUUCAGUGAACAUGCAAAGCUUUUCAAACACCAGAGGAUUCAUACUGAAGAGAAUCCUUAUAAAUGUAACGAUUGUGGGAAAACCUUCAUUCAAAGCUCCGACUAUGUUAAGCACCAUAAAAUUCAUACUGAAGAGAAGAAGCCUUUUACAUGUAAUGAGUGUGGGGAAGCCUUCAGUGAAGAAUCAUCCCUUGUUAAGCAUCAGAAUUUUCAUACAGAGAGAUCAAAGAAGUAG